CGCUUCCUCUGCGCGCGCGCCGCCCUCAGCCUCCCGCCCUGCUCGUCGGGGAGGUUGUUUUUCCAUUCGCUGGUGGGAACGUUCCAUGCCACUCUUUCCCUCUCUCUCUUCCCCGGAGUUCAAUUUGUCUGCAGAUGCCCGAAAAAAAAAAAAAAAAUCAUCGUCUGCUGAAGAAGCCUGGGACCGUCUGUAACGCGGGCCACAGAUCCUGGGCAUCUCAACCCUCCCGCCCUGGGGCCCAUGCCUGCCCAACCCUGGCAGCCCAGCCCCGAGGAAGCCACGGCCACAGGUGCCAGCUGCCAGUCCCCAGAGAGAAACACUGGUCAUCUGUGCACCACAGGAAGCACCAGGCCAGCCACUGUAUGUGAUAAAAUGGCACGACCGUUUCCUGCCUACGCUCGUUCCUAGUUUUGCCAGACGCCACCCAUCCCUUCUGUACCGGCCUCCUGGAAAGUGUCCUAUCCCUAGCCCGCCUCCAUGGCAGCCUUGAUCGCAGAGAACUUCCGCUUCCUGUCUCUCUUCUUCAAGAGCAAGGAUGUGAUGAUUUUCAAUGGGUUGGUGGCACUGGGCACAGUGGGCAGCCAGGAGCUCUUCUCUGUGGUAGCCUUCCACUGCCCCUGCUCCCCAGCUCGGAACUACCUGUACGGGCUGACGGCCAUUGGAGUGCCCGCCCUGGCCCUCUUCCUCAUUGGCGUCAUCCUCAACAACCACACGUGGAACCUGGUUGCUGAGUGCCAGUACCGGAGGGCCAAGAACUGCUCAGCAGCCCCCAACUUCCUCCUCCUAAGCUCCAUCCUGGGCCGCGCAGCCGUGGCCCCCGUCACCUGGUCCGUCAUCUCCCUGCUGCGAGGGGAAGCCUAUGUCUGCGCUCUCAGCGAAUUUGUGGACCCCUCCUCACUCACAGCUAAGGAUGAGGGCUUCCCUGUGGCCCAUGCCACUGAGAUCCUGGCCAGGUUCCCUUGUGGAGAGGGCCCUGCCAACUUGUCAGGCUUCCGGGAGGAGGUGAGCCGCAGGCUUAAGUACGAGUCUCAGCUCUUUGGGUGGAUGCUUAUUGGCAUAGUGGCCAUCCUGGUGUUCCUGACCAAGUGCCUCAAGCACUACUGCUCACCGCUCAGCUACCGCCAGGAGGCUUACUGGGCCCAGUACCGCACCAACGAGGACCAGCUGUUCCAGCGCACGGCCGAGGUGCACUCAAGGGUGCUGGCCGCCAACAACGUGCGCCGCUUCUUCGGGUUCGUGGCGCUCGACAAGGACGACGAGGAGCUGGUCGCCAAGUUCCCCGUGGAAGGCACACAGCCUCGGCCACAGUGGAACGCCAUCACCGGAGUCUAUCUGUACCGCGAGAACCAGGGCCUCCCGCUCUACAGCCGCCUGCACAAGUGGGCCCAGGGCAUAGCAGGCAACGGCACGGCCCCCGACAACGUGGAGAUGGCCCUGCUCGCCAGCUAAGGACCUGCGUGCCACGCUCCUGCCAGCGAUACUACCUGGUCCCAAGUGGAACCACAUGGCCUCCCCACGUGAAUGUUGGAAGGACAUUUUUUUCCUUUCAACCAGUGUUCUGAGCACAGACCAAGGGACAGGACACAGAGCACCCUGGGGUGUGUAAAGGUGCAGUGGACGUGGCCACCCAGGCCCGCAGAAAUCCCCUCCCCCGAGGUCCCCAGCGCACUGGGUUCACAGCUUUAAGGAAAAGGCUUUUCUAGAGCUGGUCCUAAGUUAACCAAUACGGAUGGUCUUUGGUGGGACUCCAGCCUCUGCCAACAGAGGGUGCCAGUGAGUCUCCCCCUGGCUCUUGUAUAGUACUUUGUGCAGUUAACUUGUGUCUAAUUGCAUAGGGGUAUCCAGCUUGACAGGGCACCCCUGGGAAGUUGCCUCCAUUGUGUACCUCUGGCCUACUUUGACAUAUUUAAAAGCUUUUUUUUUUUAUAUAUAAAACGUUUCUUACUGUAAAGGAC